GGUGGACUGAAGAGCGUUUGAGUUUAAAAUGCAGGACAGGAGUUUAGAGAAAAGGGAUGAACCUGCAGCUACCUGCCGAGUCGGAGCGAGCCUCCGCCUGGGAACACUUGGGGAAUGAGUCGGGCGCCUGGGCAGCGACAGAGCGACCGUGCAACGGGAGCGGCGGAGACUGGCCGGAGGGAGCGUCGGACAAGGACGUUCGGAUGGUGGUGAUCCAGUUCGUGUACGCGCUGGUGUGUCUGGUGGGAUUGGCCGGGAACGCCAUGGUUAUCUUCGUCAUUCUGCGAUACGCCAAGAUGAAGACGGCGACCAACAUCUACCUGCUGAACCUGGCGGUGGCCGACGAGCUCUUCAUGCUCAGCGUCCCGUUCGUGGCGGCGGCGGCGGCUCUGGGGCGCUGGCCCUUCGGCCCGCUCAUGUGCCGGGCGGUGCUGAGCGUGGACGGCCUCAACCAGUUCACCAGCGUCUUCGGCCUGACCGUGCUCAGCGCCGACCGCUACGUGGCCGUGGUGCACCCCAUCAAGGCGGCCCGUUACCGGCGCCCCAGCGUCGCCAGGCUCGUCAACCUGGGCGUCUGGCUGCUCUCGCUGCUCGUCAUCCUGCCCAUCGUGGUGUUCGCCGGUACUGCGCCCGCCGGCGGCGGCGUAGAUUUCAGUGAGAAUCCCGGCGUAAAUAUGGGCAUUAAUCCCAGUGUCGUUUCUAGUGUAAAUCCCAGUGUAAGUGUGGCUGCAGAUUUCAGUGUUAAUCCCAGUGUAAAUCCCAGUGUGAAUAUGGGUGCAGGAUCCAGUAUAAAUCCCAGUGUGAAUAUGGGUGCAGGAUCCAGUAGGAAUUCCAGUAUGAAUAUGGGUGCAGGAUCCAGUAUAAAUCCCAGUGUGAAUAUGGGUGCAGGAUCUAGUAGGAAUCCCAGUGUGAAUAUGGGUGCAGGAUCCAGUGUAAAUCCCAGUGUGAAUAUGGGUGCAGGAUCCAGUAUAAAUCCCAGUGUGAAUAUGGGUGCAGGAUCCAGUGUAAAUCCCAGUAUGAAUAUGGGUGCAGAAUCCAGUGUAAAUCCCAGUGUGAAUAUGAGUGCAGGAUCCCCUAGGAAUUCCAGUGUGAAUAUGGGUGUAGGAUCCAGUGUAAAUCCCAGUGUGAAUAUGGAUGUAGGAUCCAGUGUAAAUCCCAGUGUGAAUAUAGGUGUAGGAUCCAGUGUAAAUCCCAGUGUGAAUAUGGAUGUAGGAUCCAGUGUAAAUCCCAGUGUGAAUAUGGGUGUAGGAUCCAGUGUAAGUGUGGGCAUAGAUCCCAGUGUGAAUUCCAACGGUGAGGUGGUAUGCAUGUUCCUGUGGCCCAGGCCUGCCUGGUCAGUGGCAUUUGUCGUCUACACCUUCCUGCUAGGCUUCUUGCUGCCCGUGCUCGCCAUCGGCCUGUGCUACCUGCUCAUCAUCCUGCAGACCCGGGCUGUGGCCCUCAAAGCCGGCUGGCAGCAGCGUCGGCGCUCCGAGCGUAAGCUCACCCGCCUGGUGCUGACUGUGGUGGCUGUCUUUGUGGUCUGCUGGCUGCCUUUCUACGCAGUGCACCUGGCUGGCGUCUUCCUGGCCGAGCUGGACACCACUGUCAGCCACCUCUGUGUGAUCCUCAGCUACGCCAAUAGCUGCGCCAACCCCAUCCUCUACGGCUUCCUGUCCGACAAUUUCAGGCGCUCCUUUCAGCGGAUUCUGUGCUUCCGCUGGCUGGAGAAUGGUACUGAGGAGCCAGUCGACUACUAUUCCACCGCUCUCAAGAGCAAAUUGGGCAGCCCACUGGAGUUCCAGCCUGCUGAAAACAUUGCCUCCGAGACAGUUUACAGAAACGGUACUUGCACCUCAAGAACAACCACCUUAUGAAUUCAGACACAAGCACCUCUUGACUGUUUUCCAGGUGAAAUCUAUUUUACUAAAGAUUACUUAAAGAUGACAAGUUGUCAGUUCCACUGUUUGUUUACAAGCCAGUUUCAUCAGGGAUUUGUGAUGGUGGGUGUCCAUUGCACACAGGUGUGUGCCCUUGUCACUUUCCCAGUGAAUCUCUCUCCCUCUCUCUCUUCCCUCUGCGUCCCCCGUCCCUCGCUAUUCACUGACAGGAGCUGGUACAAAAGAUAAAGAGCCGAGAGUGUUGGAGAAAUCCAGCAGUGUUCUCUCACCGUCUGUAGGGAGAGGAAAACAGAGUGAAGGUUUGGCCUCAAAAAUGGUUAACUCUGCUCAAAUGCUGAUAGACCUUGCUGAGUUUCUCCAGCACUUUUGUUUUUAAAAAUAAUUUCACAUGUCCAGCAUCCACGGUAUGCUUUAAUAUAUGCUUUUAUAUCAGCAUGGGCUGCAUUGGCAACCUUUACUUUUCCACCUGUAAGGAAAUUUGCCCAGGGUGGUCUGUCCAUCAAACUUGACUGAGGUUACAAGAUCAUUUCUGUAACCCCAUCGUUAGAUGUGCAAAAUCAGUGAUGGGGACCACAUUAUUCAGUUCAUCACCCAAUGCAGUCUCAAUGUUUGUUGCAGCACUAAUCUGUUGAUCAAGGUUUGGGGGAAAUGACAAUGCGUUAUAUGUUUCAAGUAGAGAACCCAGAAUAUAAACUACCACACUAGAUCAGAUUUGCAUUAUUGCAACAACAGUUUGCCUGUUGUGUUAAGAAAGUGACAGCCAGUGUUUGAAUUAUGUCCAAAUCACACUUGCUUUAAAGGCAGGGGAUGUUUUCCAAAUGGGCAAUUUCAAUCCCCCUCCCACUCUUCCAUCACAUUCACAGUCUGUACUGUACUACAAUCUUGUCUUUGAAAAUACAGUGCUGCUCUGUGUUCUCAAAUUGUUGACUAUACUAAAAGCCAUUUCAAUUGACCUCACAUUUAACAUUGUAACGACAGGCUGCACAGUCACUGUGUGAUAUUCAAUUUAUGGAGUUGAGUGAGCAAUUCUGCAGGUAGACAACUUUAUCACAUUAAAGUUUCCACAGGAAAAUGGGAAGUAAAAACAUCUGUUUCUGCAGUGUGAAAAAGUAUCGUCAUGUCCCAAUGGAUUAUUUUUCACACUUGUAGAAUGUUGAAUCUUUGGAAUUCUUUACCCCAGAGGGCUGUUGAACCUCAGUCAUUGAGUAUAUUCCAGACAGAGAUCGAUAGAUCUCUCGAGAUUAAAGAUAUUAAGGGAUAUGGGGAUAGUGUGGGAAAAUCGAUUUUACACAGAAAGUCAGUCGUGACCCAAUUGAAUGGUGGAGCAGGCCCAAUGGGCUAAAUUGCCUCCCCCUGUUCUUCUGUUCCUAUGGAUUUGAUUACAGAUGUGCACACAGUUUAGAAAUUGUGACUUUCAACUGGAUAGUUAAAAUGAGAUAUAAUGGAGCUAAUGAACUAAGGCAACAUCUGAUAUGAGCACACAUCAGGUAAGAGAGAAGGGAAACAUUAGUUCUUUCACUCAAGCAUCUAAAGAUUGUUCUCUCAUCCCCAAAAUGGAUUUUGGAAUGAAAAAUACACUGUUCAGUUUAAAAGCACACUUACACCUGCCAAAAAUAAAAUCUCAGUAUUCGACUUAUUGCUAAUCAUAAAGAGAAUCUUUGUAUCCUUAAUCGAAGUUGCAUUUGAAAACGAAGAUUCAGAUUAUAUCUUGGGUGACACUCUGCACUGCUGUAUUUUUUAGCGGUUGUAUAAGCGGCCAAUUUAUUCAAAUUAAGAAAACCUUCAGAACAUUGCAAAAUGCGUUAUAGCCAAGAAAGUUUUGAAAAGCGUAGUCUCUGUUGUGGGAAACUGUCACAGUUAAAUCAUUCAGCAAAUGACCAAAUGAUCUGACCUUAGAUGUUAUUUGACAGGUAAGUAUUGGAGAGACACUCCUGCUUUUCUUCAAAAAGGUCAAUGGGAAAUGAACACUCAACAGAGAGAAUAAACUGGACCUUUGAUCAACCAUUCGGCCAAAAGGCAAAGCUGCUGUGCUCACUGAAGUGUCAGCCUUGAAUAUCUUGCAGAUCUCCAAAAAGGAUCUUGAACUUCUGACCUUCUAAUUUAGAUGUGAGAACAUUGGGCCAAGGCUGAACCUUAGCUUGGCUUUUUCAUUACCACCACCAAAUCUUUGGUGUUACCAAUUCAAAGAACAAUUUGCAAACACAGCACAUCAUUGCAGUGCAACAACAAAAGUAAGGGCACAACAGGGAGAUAGAGAGGGGGGACUGAAUUAAAAUAAGGCCGCUCACCCUCCACUGUGCUCACCUCUCUUUAAAGGCUUUGAUGGUGUUGAUAGACACCAAACCCCCCUCUUUAAGCAUAGCUGAGUGCAAACAUUGUCAUGAAAGAGGGCAGUCAGUUGGAGUUUAGCUAUUAAAUAUAAGACUUCCUUAUUCAAAAAUAAAGUUGAACUUUAUGGGCCAUAAAAUAUUUCUUAACUAUGUGAGUGUACUGUCAUAUAAUGUAAAUUCAGAAGAGAGAGCUCUAAAUUUUUCUUCCACUCCCUAGGAGAUUAAGAGAGAUGUGCAGAUUAGGUAGGUAAACAAAAGUAAAUAGAUUUAUAAGAGAUAGUUGGUACUGCCAAUGCUGGAGAAUCUGAGAGAGCAAGGUGUAGAG